AACAACUAAAUAAAAUGCUGACGGAGAAACAGAUCAACAUGUCCAAUUCUGAAUCGAUCUGAUCGCCAUAAUUAAACCUUACGCAUUUUACAAAACUACAAAUACACACACAAAUUAACAACAAUGCUUCGUAUCAGUCUCCUUCGCGUCUCUCUUCCUUGCUCUUCUUCUCCAAUCUUCAGUCUCUCACAGUCUCACCUUCACUCCAAGCUCAGACCCCAAGCCAUGGCUUACACCACUUCGUCUCAAAACAACAACAAGCUCUUGUUCCGCCAGCUCUUCGAGAAAGAAUCCUCCACCUACACCUACUUGCUUGCCGACGUGUCUCACCCUGACAAACCCGCUCUGUUGAUUGACCCAGUUGAUAAAACAGUGGAGAGAGACCUUACCCUUGUAAAAGAGCUUGGAUUGAAGCUAAUUUAUGCCAUGAACACACAUGUUCAUGCUGAUCAUGUCACUGGUACUGGCCUCAUCAAGACUAAGGUUCCUGGAGUGAAAUCUGUCAUUUCAAAAGUGAGCAAUUCGAAGGCGGAUGUUCUGAUUGAAGCUGAUGAUAAAAUUCGUUUUGGUGAUCUGUUUUUGGAGGUUCGUCCUACUCCUGGACAUACGUUGGGUUGUAUUACUUAUGUUACAGGGGAUGGGCCUGAUCAGCCUCAACCAAGGAUGGCUUUCACUGGGGACGCCUUACUGAUUCGUGGAUGUGGGAGAACUGAUUUUCAGGGUGGAAGUUCGCUUCAACUCUACAAGUCAGUGCACUCACAGAUUUUUACAUUGCCCAAGGAUACGCUGAUCUAUCCUGCCCAUGAUUACAAGGGCUUCACUGUUAGCACAGUGGGGGAGGAGAUGCUUUAUAAUCCUAGGCUCACAAAGGAUGAGGAAGGAUUCAAGAAUAUAAUGGAAAAUCUUAACCUUUCUUAUCCAAAAAUGAUUGACAUUGCUGUCCCUGCAAAUAUGGUUUGUGGGUUGCAAGAUUUGGCUGCGAUGCCAGUUGAGGCCACGUCAAACUAGAUCUGGUCAGAAAAAGAGGGCUUUUUCAGAGCCACAGAUCCACUCAAUGUAAAACUAUAAUUUGGUAGAGCUAUGCAUUCUGCAGACCAGAGAGUCGCUACUAAAAAUCUAUUGGUAAAUGUAACUAUGUACAUGUGAUGUAUGUGACGCUACUAAGGCUCUUUCAUAUAUUUUACACAUUCAGUAAUAAGUAAGGUCCUCGGUACUUCAA